UGUCUGUCCCGGCCGCCGCGACCCAGCCACGAGACUCCCCGGCGGACGAAGCUGCCCUGGACGCCGUCUCCCCCUCCCCCUGCCCCUCCUGCGGCCGCUCCUUCCAGGCGCAACAGUAUCCUGAAGGACGGGAGCACUGGCGAUGGCUGCUCAUUUUUCCAGAGAAACUUUCUAAGGGCAUCGGUGGAGAGGAGGACCUUGAUGGGGUUCGGUCCGAGGCCCUCUGUUGGUGGCGGUGGAUUUACGGUUAACGAAGAAGAGAGGAAAUAAAUGCAUUGUCUCUGAAGUUUAUUGUUCAUGGAAGCAAGCGUCUUCACUCGAGGAAAUUGCUAACGGAGACGAAAGAUGAGUGAAAACGAAGGCAAUCCAGUGUGAGCCAAGGAAAAAAAACUAGGAAAAUGUUAUCAUAAUAAGUGUUCAAAAGUUCAAAGGGAAACUUGCGUGCGGGAACAGCGAGAGGAAACGGGUAGCGAGAAACAUCCAGUUUUCCAGGCUGACCCUGUGUAUCCAAUGCGCGAAAAGCGGGCACGAACCCCGUCUCGCCGCGACCCGGAUUUAUGCAGGAUUUAUGACCUCGGACCUCGGACGUGGACUCCGGGCGCCCGAAGUUCGGAGGAAGGAGCCCGAGGACUGAGGCAAAGGCGAGAGCAGAGUGGGAGGACAGCCUCAAGCGAAAGAGCAGAAGAUUGUGCCCCGAGCAAAUGAAAAUAUUUUCAGAAAUUUAUGUUGAAAAAAGAAAUUCCUCGUGAUUUGAUUAAAAAAAAAGUUGGGCGUUUGUGUUCCAAGGAGUUAGUUGACUUUGAACGCUAAGUUAAACGGCUCGCAUUGGUUGGAAAAUAGCAUAGAGUUCUCUCAACUUGGAGAACAUUGCAGCUAUGUUAUCUCCAAAAGAAGCACAGAGAUGCGGAUCAAUAUCUGGUGAACAGCGUGCAAAGGCCAUUAUGAAAAGCGUGACGUCAUAGAUUGGUGAUAAGGAAUCCUGUCACAUAUGACGGACGUGAUCCUGUGUGGGCAGAGAUGAUAAGGAAUUUCAUGUCCGCGACCCAUUCGUUUCGCUCAGAUAUAUUAUAGUGAACAAAGGUGAUGUGUCAGUGUCUCUAAGGCGGCUGAAAUAUCGCCAGGAGGACAGUACCAACAAGAAAAUCGACGAGAACGAUUUAGAAACCGACGUCGAGUGCAAUAAUAGAGUCAAGCUUUAGGUAAGAAAGAUGCGGCCGUUGGUGGCAUGCGAAAGAUCACCAGAGCUGACGUCCGCUUGAGUCCCCUGUCACUGGCGAUCACCGCUCCCGCUGCCGCCAGGACGUUCAUCAGCCCUCCAGACCGACGCGGCGCAGAGACCCUGUUCAUUAGCUGCGAAGAUGAUCCCGAGCUUUGCCGGCAACCGCUCCGCCAGCUAUGACACCCACGUGCACAGCCUCUUUGGCCUCGGCGAGACGGACUUCGAUCAGGACGGCGCGAGUGUCAGUCUCGAUGACAGCCCCUUCAUCCUCGAGGGCUCGGCUGCCGCGGCCCACGCAGAGGAGCGGGGGGGCAGGGACGACGACUGGAGGCUGGGAGUGCUAUCUGCCCACGCGCCUCUGCCUACCUGGCGAGCCGGACAUGCUGUCAGUAAGCAAACAGCGACAGCUGAGACAAGAGUAUUGGGUGGAGGGGCGGUUGGGGGGGAGAGCAUCGCGGGUAUUGAGCACGGGGCCGGCAUGCUAGCGGACAGCGGGGAGUCCACGCUAGAUAUCAGCACCGAAAUUAUUAAAGACAUAUUUGAGACCAAUCAAGAGAACGUCGUGACCCCCAAGAACGCCGUCAGCUUCCCCGAGUCACUCUGGAGACUAAAAGCUUCGGACACGACCAGCCAGCUGUUGAUUGAUAAUGCAACUGAUUGGAAUAACGAAACGGGCUGGUACUGGGAAUCCGCAGACAUCUCUCCUUUGUCCGUAAAUGCCACGAUCUCAUGCAUGAAUAUGUCUCUAAAUGGCACGGACUGUGCGGUGACAGGCGACGGGCCGCUGGUCGUGACGCCCGAGAACUUGUCGCUGUGUCUGCUCCUCCUCUUCUUCGCGGUGUCAACCAUCUUCGGCAACGGGCUGGUGAUCGUGGCCGUCGCCCGGGAGCGGUAUCUCCACACAGUCACAAACUACUUCAUAAUGUCUCUGGCAGUAGCAGACUGCCUCGUUGGGGCCCUCGUCAUGCCCUUCAGUGCCCUCUACGACUCUUUUGACUACUGGCCUUUUGGUCCAGAUUUCUGCGAUGUCUGGAGAAGCUUCGAUGUACUUGCCUCCACUGCAUCAAUACUUAACCUCUGCGUCAUAUCUCUAGACAGGUACUGGGCUAUCACUGACCCUUUCAGUUACCCGAGCCGCAUGUCCUCCCGGCGGGCGUGCAUGCUGAUAGCGCUCGUGUGGGUCUGCUCGGCCCUCAUCUCCUUCCCCGCCAUAGCAUGGUGGCGCGCUGUAUCCGACCCGCAUCCGCCUGGCGCCUGUCCCUUCACCGAGGACCUGUCGUACCUCGUCUUCUCUUCCACCAUAAGUUUCUACGGCCCGCUCUUCGUCAUGGUCUUCACGUAUUUCCGGAUCUACCGAGCGGCCACAGAGCAGACGCGAUCCCUCAAACUGGGCCAGAAGCUGGUGUCCGCCAUGGGCGACGGCGAAAUGGAGCUGACGCUGCGGAUCCACCGCGGAGGAGGAGGCAGCAGUGGAGGCGGUGGCGGCGGUGGCACCAGCAGCAACGGCAACGGUGUGCAUAGAGCCCACUAUCCGGCAGGAAAAUCCUGCAGUUAUACGCAGGAGAACGGCGGACUCGGGGACUCCCACGCGCUCGGGUCGCCCCUGGACGACGGGGAGUCGUGCCCCCUCGGGAGCAUGCACGAGGGGGCGUCGCCGGAUAGCUCUACCAAAGUGGUCGCUCGAAAUCUGAAAAACUUUUCGAUAUCACGUAAACUGUGUAAAUUUGCCAAAGAAAAGAAAGCAGCCAAGACUCUGGGUAUCGUAAUGGGAGUGUUUAUUGUCUGUUGGCUGCCCUUCUUCGUCACGAAUCUCCUGUCGGGAUUGUGCGGCGAAAGGUGCAUCCGCGAGCCCGCCCUGGUGGACGGCGUCGUCACCUGGCUCGGCUGGAUCAACUCCGCGAUGAACCCCGUCAUCUACGCCUGCUGGGCCAAAGACUUCCGCAGGGCCUUCACGCGAAUCCUGUGUUCCUGCUGCCCGCGACGCUGCCGGAAGCGAUACCAGACCAGGUGGAAAGGCGGCAUAGCACAGAUCAUCGUCACGCCCGUGGUCUCCACCCUCAACACCUCCUUCAUGAAGGCCGGACAGCGCCCCUACCCACCCGGGCCCUACUCGCCCGUGGCGCCGGCGCUCGCCACCGCCCUCGUCGCGGCCACGUCGCCGCCCUCGUCGUCGUCCUAAGGAGCGCGUCGAUCGCCUGCCUGCCGCCAGCGUCUGGCAACGUGUUUCAUCGUCUCUCAUCUCCCACGUCAACAUUCUUCACGCACACACACACA